GAAAAGAGUGUCCGCAAUGAUCUUCCUCGAGAACGAGAGCAAGAUCGUCCAAGAAGUGCUCCUUGGCCGCCUGGGCGAAGCGGCGCCACGGCCGGUGGAUCCGCUGGAGAUUCGUUUGUGUGACUUUGACGAUGUGCAAUACGACAUUUCGAUUCAAGGCACAGCUCUGUCCGUGUCCAUGGCCUAUCGCCCGUAUAUCGAGCUCCAAAAGUUUGGUGCCGCCAACAUGCUCGCAAAAGUGUACCCGGAGUUUCAGGUCACGGCACCCAAGCCUGGAUUCGAACUUACGCUGGUGGCGAACGUUGACACGAUUACACCGCAGAAUGCCGCGAGUGUCGUGAACCGCAUUGCGUCGCUGAAGCGAAACAUUUUGGGCGCGCCAUUAGACCAUUGCUUCCUCGCUCUGCACGCUGGGCAAGCCAAGGUGCUGAGUCCGAUCCAAAUCCCGUUUCGACGCCAAGAAACUAUCUAUAUUCUCCCGCAAGACGACCGCAUUGUGAUUGUGUUCUCUGUGGCAUUCCAAGACAAGACGGACCAGGCCAUUGCCCGCGUCUUCCUCCAAGAAUUCGCUGAAGCCCGCCGCCAUGUGAACAACGCGCCACCCGUGAGCUUUGGCAAGGACCCCCCGCUCGAACUCCGUGCCGUCUCGGGCCUUCGCCCUUGUGCUGACCACGUCGGCUACCUCAGCUUCGCCAUUUUCAAGAGCCACAUCGACACGGACGCGAAGCGUGAGAAGGCGUGCACGCUCCUCCAAGGAUUCCGCAACUACUUGCACUACCACAUCAAGGCAUCGAAGACGUACUUGCACAUUCGGAUGCGCAAGCGCGUGGACCUGCUCUUGCAAGUGCUCAACCGAGCGCAGCCGCCAAAAGAUCCGACCAAAACGUCCAAGAAGACAAUCACCGGGAAAACGUUCGACCGCAAAGUAUAAAGCGCCUCGUCGUCGGCCAGCGACGGCUAUCCCCAUGCACACGAGCGACGCGUGGGAUAACACACAGACCGGAACAUAAAGCAUGCCUGGAGUCGUUCAUUGUUCAUGCAGUGCUUUGGUGCUAUCGUUCUCUGCCAGAUAAGUGGCCAUAGGAGUGCCAACAAUAGAUGCUGGCGAUAACUCCAUGAUGCCGUCGCUGUGCUCAGCUAGUCGGAUUUCUUCCUCCGAACAAAUCAUCCCGUUCGAGACUUCGCCCCGCAGUUUCGACUUCUUGAUCUUGACUACCUUGUCCACCAACGACCCUUCAUCCUCGGGGUUGGGCACACGGAACGUUAAUUUGGUACCGAUAGUCGCCACGGGCACCUUCAUGCCUUUGCGUACGUUUGGUGCGCCGCAAAUAAUCUGGACAGGUUCAGCAUCAGCUGCAAUUGCCACUUCGCAGAUAUUCAAACGCUCCGCUUGCGGGUGGCUCUUGAACUUGACAAUCUGCCCCACCACGACGCCUUGCAAGCGUGUGGACGAAGAAAACCACCGGAUCAUGCCGCGCGCGAGCAUGUUGAUGUGCUCCGUGCAACGAAAGGCUCAAGACUUGGC